GUUUUUCCGACUUCUUGUAAUGGUGGUGAUAGCGUUUUGUAGUUGAAUGGUUUUUCACGUUUAAUUUAAAAUGACGAACGUAAAUCUCGACAAAGAGUCUUUUCAUCGAAGGCUUAAAAAGCUGUACAACGCCUGGCAGAACACCGAUUCGGAAAAUGGCUUUUCGAAAAUGGAUGCAUUGGUCGUUGCUGUUGGAAAAGACGAAGACAUUUUGUACAGUAAAUCCAGCGCUUUGCAUACAUGGCUAUUGGGGUACGAGCUAUCGGACACGAUCAUGGUUCUCACGGAGAAAAAAGCGUGUUUUUUAACCAGCAAAAAGAAAGUCGAAUUUUUGAGGCAGGCCGAUUCAAAAGACGACAAUAACAUCCAGUUGAAUCUCAUGGUUAGAGACAAAGAUAGCGACGAACCUAAACUUAAAACACUUUGCGAAGCGAUCAAAGAGAGCAGAAACGGCAAAACCAUUGGAGUUUUCCAGAAAGACAGCUAUUCCGGCGCGUUUAUAGACGCCUGGAAAGGCCUACUGAAAAAAGAGGGUUUCCAAACUAUAGAUAUAAGUUCACAAGUCGCUUGUGUUAUGGCCCCUAAGGAAGAAACCGAAAUUAUUACUAUUAAAAAAGCAUGCAUGGUAACUGUAGACGUGUUCACUAAAUACCUAAAAGAUCAAAUUAUGGAAAUCAUCGAUUCCGAAAAGAAGGUGAAGCACAGUAAACUAGCCGAAGGUGUCGAAUCUGCGAGUACUGAUAAGAAAUAUGUGUCAGGAGUCGAUGUUAGUCAAGUGGACUUGUGCUAUCCUGCUAUAAUACAGUCCGGAGGCAAUUACAGUUUAAAGUUCAGCCUGGUGAGCGACAAAAAUAUAUUACACUUUGGAGCGAUAAUUUGCUCCCUCGGAGCUAGAUAUAAAUCGUACUGUUCCAACAUAGUCAGGACGUUGCUGGUAAACCCGACGGACGAGAUUCAAAGCAACUACAAUUUCUUAUUGUCCAUACAAGAGGAGUUGCUGAAGAAGUUACAAAGCGGAGUCAAGUUAUCUGAAGUGUACGAAACUGGUGUUUCGUUUGUUAAAAAAGAAAAGCCUGCUUUGAUCGAUCAUUUGACUAAAAACUUUGGAUUUGCGACGGGUAUCGAAUUCAAAGAAAAUUGUCUUAUAAUCGGCCCGAAAACGGCAUUCGAAGCUAAAAAAGGAAUGACGUUCAACUUAAAUGUCGGUUUGUCCAAUUUAGAGAACAAAAACAGUUCUGAUAAGCUUGGAAAAAUAUAUGCACUGUUUAUUGGAGACACGGUGCUGGUAAAUGACGGUCAACCGGCCACAGUUCUAACAACUUCUAAGAAAAAAAUUAAAAACAUCGGAAUUUUUUUGAAAGACGAUGAUGAAUCCGAAGCAGAAGAAUACGACGAAGAAAAAGAAAACACUCCGAAGCCUGAAAUUAUGGGUAGAGGCAAGCGAACCGCCGUGUUAGAUUCCAAGUUGCGUACCGAACACAGCACGGAAGAGAAACGAAAGGAACAUCAGAAAGAAUUGGCUGCACAGCUAAACGAAAAGGCCAAAGAACGUCUCGCAAAACAAUCCGGUUCUAAAGACAAACAGAAAGUUAGAAAAAAUACAGUAUCAUACAAGAGUGUAAAUCAAAUGCCACGAGUACCGGAAAUCAAAGAACUCAAAUUGUACGUCGAUCAAAAAUACGAAACAGUCAUUUUACCUAUUUACGGAAUUGCAGUACCAUUUCAUAUAUCUACUAUUAAGAAUAUAUCGCAAUCAGUAGAAGGAGAUUAUACAUACCUGCGUAUCAACUUCUUCCACCCCGGUUCUACGAUGGGAAAAAACGAAGGUAACACCUGGUCCCAACCUGACGCCACGUUUUUGAAAGAACUAACCUACAGAAGUACAAAUAUCAAGGAACCCGGCGAAAUUUCCCCGCCCUCUUCCAACUUAAACACGGCCUUCCGUCUCAUCAAGGAAGUACAAAGGAAGUUCAAAACUCGCGAGGCCGAGGAAAAAGAAAAGGAAGAUCUGGUUAAGCAAGACACCCUGGUAUUGUCCCAAAACAAGGGUAAUCCGAAGUUGAAGGAUCUCUACAUCAGGCCUAACAUUGUCACCAAACGUAUGACCGGUUCGUUGGAGGCCCACAGCAACGGUUUCCGCUAUACUUCCGUGAGAGGUGACAAAGUUGAUAUUUUGUACAACAAUAUUAAGAACGCGUUCUUCCAACCGUGCGAUGGAGAGAUGAUCAUCCUCUUGCAUUUCCAUUUGAAACACGCCAUUAUGUUUGGUAAAAAGAAACACGUUGAUGUACAGUUCUACACGGAAGUUGGUGAAAUCACCACGGAUUUAGGCAAACACCAACACAUGCACGAUAGAGACGAUUUGGCUGCGGAACAAUCCGAAAGGGAACUUCGACAAAAAUUGAAAACCGCAUUCAAGAGCUUCUGCGAAAAAGUUGAAUCUAUGACAAAGCAAGAGAUAGAAUUCGAUACGCCCUUCCGCGAAUUGGGAUUCCCCGGGGCCCCGUUCCGAUCCACAGUAUUACUACAGCCAACCUCCGGCUGUUUGGUCAAUCUCACGGAAUGGCCCCCGUUCGUCAUUACCCUCGAGGACGUCGAGCUGGUGCACUUCGAGCGAGUCCAAUUCCACCUCAAGAACUUCGAUAUGGUGUUUGUUUUCAAAGAUUACCACAAAAAAACGUCCAUGGUCAAUGCGAUACCGAUGAACAUGUUAGAUCACGUUAAAGAAUGGUUAAACUCUUGCGAUAUCAGAUAUUCCGAAGGAGUUCAGUCUCUGAAUUGGGUGAAAAUCAUGAAAACGAUCACCGAUGAUCCGGAGGGUUUCUUCGAAAGCGGAGGAUGGACGUUCCUCGAUCCGGAGUCCGAUGUGGAAGAAGCUCCCGAUGAGGAAUCGGAAGAUGAAGAUGAAGUUUACGAGCCAACAGAUGUCGAUGGUGAGGAAGGAUCGGAAUGGAGCGAGGAAGAUUCGGAAUACUCUGAAGGAGAUACCGAAGAUGAUGAUGACGACGAUGACGUCUCUGAUGAUUUAGGCUCCGAUGAGGAAUCUGGAAAAGACUGGUCCGAUCUGGAAAGGGAAGCCGCCGAAGAAGACAUGGGAAUCGGUUUCAGCGACGAUCGAAAAAAGAAAAAGGGCAAUGAUAAAUUUUCAUCGAAAGAUCAUAAAUCGUCGAAAGACAGAGGCAAGGUUAAGCAUAACAGCAGCGGCAGCAGUAAAAAUUCGAGUAGGCAUUCGUCGAGUAAAUAUUCAAGUUCGCGGGAUAAGCACAACAGUAGCAAAGACAAAGACAGGAGUAGUAGGCACUCGUCUUCUAACCACAAAUCAUCUAGCCAUUCGAAAUCUUCUUCAUCUAGAGAUAAGGAUAGAACUAGGAGCUCUCAUAAGAGUAGUUCGAACGAUAAGAAGAGGGGCAGAAGUGAAAGUAAUGAUGGACGUCACUCGAAAAAAUCUAAAAAAUAAUCGUAUUAUGUACUUUUAACUAUUUCAUAUUCAAUGUCAAUAUAUUUUUGGAUGUUUACCGUUGUACAGUUUUUCUUCUGACAAACUGUCAAAUUCAAUUUCCGUUUCUUUUUAUGUAAGUUAAAUUUGUUAUUACAAUUCUAAAUUAAAAGUAUGCUUUGUUCCCAUCUCACUGGCACAAUAUUUCAUAUGUAAUUUGAAUUCAUUUGGAACUUGGUAUAUUUUUUUACAAACAAUUUUUUAUGUCUGCUGUGUAGAAUGCGUUGUUACUGUUACUCUUCCUCAUUAGUAUUAUUCUUUGACGAGUUAGCAUUUUUUUUAAGAUUUUUUGAAUAUCACGAUUUUUAUAAUAAAACAAAAAAGUCGAGGAGAUUUGCAUUUUCCUCACGAAUUAUUAUUGCGAUGAAUUUGAUGUUUGACACUAUAGUUUGUGCAUAUUUUGUAUUUAAUUUAGUUGUAAAGAAUAGUUCUACUUAGGAUCAGUAAAAUAACCAAAUGUUUUUAGAUUUAUCGAAAAUAAAUUUGUUAAUUACUCUUUCAUUUAAUCUACUUAAUAAAAAUUGAAUUCUUUUUCAAUU